UUAACUACUUCCUAAAUUAUUGCAUAAUAGAAUAGAAUACUAUGAUCUCAUGAUUUCAUCCUUCGCAUUUCCAUCACGACGUUCAUACAUACGUUGCUGUGUCAUGCUUUCUUGUUUCGGAUUUUGAGGACAACUACUGCAAGCGCUAAGAUUUUGCUGGAAGAUGUCUACCCCUCCAAUAGAUUGGGCUCAUCACAAUGGUAAUGGAAAUUUGAAAAGUCAAGACUCGCUAUGUGCUGUCGCAGAAUUUGAGGAAUUUGAUUUCUCUAAAGUAUUAGAUAAGCCAAGGACUUUGAACAUAGAGAGACAAAGAUCAUGUGAUGAAAGAUCAAUGAGUGAACUAUCAAUAGGCUUAUCUCCGCGUCUAUUGGCCUCAAAACUUGAAAACUUUCCUCGCCCUGGAGAACAUCUUGAUCAUGCAUUUUCUCCUGUGCACAAAUCUGGUCUUAAUACUCCAAGAUCAUUGUUAUUGGACUCUCAUUCAAUAUUGCCUGAAGCUUGGGAAGCUCUCAGGCGUUCCUUGGUACAUUUUCGUGGUGAACCAGUUGGAACAAUUGCUGCCUUGGACAAUUCUGAUGAAAAUCUUAAUUAUGAUCAGGUUUUUGUUAGAGACUUUGUUCCAAGUGCUCUGGCUUUUUUGAUGCAUGGGGAACCAGACAUUGUCAAGAAUUUUCUCUUGAAGACUCUUCGUCUUCAAUCCUGGGAAAAAAAGAUUGAUAGGUUUCAUCUGGCAGAAGGAGUGAUGCCUGCUAGUUUUAAGGUAUUCCAUGAUCCGGUCAGAAACCGCGAAACCUUGAUAGCAGAUUUUGGUGAAAGUGCAAUAGGCAGGGUUGCUCCUGUUGAUUCUGGAUUUUGGUGGAUCAUAUUGCUUCGUGCAUACACAAAAUCUACAGGAGACUCUUCUUUAGCUGACCAGCCUGAAUGUCAAAAGGGUAUGCGUUUGAUUCUGAGUUUAUGCUUGUCAGAGGGGUUUGAUACAUUUCCGACUUUACUAUGUGCUGAUGGGUGCUGUAUGAUUGAUCGUAGAAUGGGUGUUUAUGGCUAUCCAAUUGAAAUUCAAGCAUUGUUCUUCAUGGCUUUAAGAUGUGCCAUGCUAUUGCUUAAGCCAGAUGCUGAAGGGAAAGAGUUUAUGGAACGAAUUGCGAAACGCUUGCAUGCCUUAAGCUAUCAUAUGAGAAGCCACUUUUGGUUGGAUUUGAAGCAACUUAAUGAUAUAUAUCGAUUCAAAACAGAAGAGUACUCACAUACUGCUGUGAACAAGUUUAAUGUCAUUCCCGAUUCUUUACCAGAUUGGAUUUUUGAUUUCAUGCCUCAUCAUGGCGGAUACUUUAUUGGGAAUGUGAGUCCGGCUAGGAUGGAUUUCCGCUGGUUUUGCCUUGGUAAUUGCAUAGCAAUUUUGUCCUGCUUGGCAACUCCUGAACAGUCAGUUGCAAUUAUGGAUCUCAUAGAAUCACGGUGGGAAGAAUUAAUUGGGGAGAUGCCUGUCAAAGUUUGUUAUCCAGCCCUUGAAAAUCAUGAAUGGAGGAUCAUAACAGGAUGUGACCCAAAAAAUACUAGAUGGAGUUACCACAAUGGGGGAUCUUGGCCAGUUAUGUUAUGGUUUUUGUCUGCGGCGGCUAUCAAGACUGGGCGACCCCAAAUUGCAAAACGUGCCCUUCAAAUUGCCGAGGCCAGACUGCUAAAAGACAACUGGCCGGAGUAUUAUGAUGGAACACAUGGUCGAUACAUUGGAAAGCAGGCUCGAAAAUGCCAAACCUGGUCUAUUGCUGGUUAUUUGGUGGCUAGGAUGAUGCUUGAUGAUCCUUCACAUUUAGGUAUUAUAGCACUUGAAGAAGACCGACAGCUAAAGGAUCCUGUGCUCAAGAGAUCAAAUUCAUGGACUUUGUGAUUUUUUUUUGUCUCUCCUAAUCAAUUUUGACUUGGAAUGAUAAAAAGGAAGAGGUAAGAAAUGGAGUGAGUGGAAGAAGGUGUGGUGGACAAACACCGUCAUGAAUCAUUCUUUGUUUCAUUCCACAUGUCUAGUGUUUGUGUAUUCCUUCAGUGGAAUGCUCAUAAGUAUAGCAAGCAUCUUUCAGGAUUCUCAAUGGAAAAGUUGUUUUAUGCACAAGGUGAGACCAUGGUUCGUUAUCAGGAACAGCUUGCAGUUCUUGGUGGACUGGACAAUAUAUGUUCUUAGAUGCAAAUGUUACAAUUAGACUGACAAUAGAUUGUGUUUUCUUGAUCUGGCAUUAAACACAUCACAAAAUGUGAAGUUAAAUGAUAGUCAUUCAUUCCUCCAUUUAUCCUUUUUAUAUGAAUGAAACGAGCGUAUACUCAUCCACA